CCACUGUUUAAUAACCCAUGAAAUAUUAACUAAGAGAGGGUAUACGUUCAUUUUUGUUUUAUCAUUUUCCAUCGCAUCAUCAACUCAUUCCUAACUAAAGCAUUUCAUUGUCAUGUCUCAAAAAAUAGCGGCUUCUCUGACGAAAAAGCACAUUUUACAAUCAAUUUUAACAGCUAUAGAAGAAAAUUUCGGAAUUUUAGGUAUUGGAAAUGUGUCACGAAAACUAAAAGUCAAUGAUUACCGUCCUGUUUUAAAUGUGUUUAUUAUCGAAUGUGUUGCGAAUCAUAUUGAUCUCCUUCGUUCAACCCUUUUUUUUUUAACAACCAUCAAUGAUAUACGUGUCAGUAUAUCAGUUCUUCAUGUUUCAGGGACUCUUAUUCAAUUAAAGAAAGCUUAUACACAAUAUAUUAUAAGCGACGCAUGGAGAGGUUAUGAUAUUCAUGUAACAAGUCAAAAAAACUCCUUACCAGCUAUUUUGUAUUCCGAACUGUGUAAUGUCAAAACUAUUGACGACUCCAUAUGACUUUUGACUUACCGUAUUUUUUUAAAGUAACAGCUGACUUUGUUUGUAUUGUCCGUAAAAAAAAAAGCUAAAAAACCUGUCAAUUCCUAGGAAACACUAUUUUUUUACUUUCGUUUCUUUUUCUCUUUGAUGAUUGAGAAACGUUUACUUUAAAAAACCUUUCGAUUUUUUGCCGGUACUGCUUUUAAAAAAAAUUAUCUUGUAAAAAAAAACAAUCAAAAUUCAAUACCAACAUUCUAUAGAACUCGUUUUUAUAUUUCGUUCAAUUUAUUUCCGUGGGUUACAAACAAAUUACGUACAAUAAA